UUGACGUGGCUUAGGUACACGAAAGUUUUCAUUAGAAUCGUGUCUUCUGUCGAGAAUAUCACUGCUCUAAUGGAAAGUACGCUGAAGUUUUGUUAUGAAUGACUAGUACCGCAUAAUAUACCGGCUAGUUUUAGUAUAAUAAAACUUGUGUAUUGGUGAUUGUUGUCUGGAUAUUUUAAACAACUCUAAUAAUGAGCACAAUAUUUUGCGUUGCUUUAUAUUUUAUAUUUUGUUUUACUUUAACAGCAAGUGAUGAACAUAGUCAUAAGUAUGAAAAUAAUGAAGAGGUAGUACUAUGGAUGAAUACUGUGGGGCCUUAUCACAAUCGGCAAGAAACAUAUGCAUAUUUUUCAUUGCCAUUCUGUACCGGACCGAAGCAGAGUAUCGACCACUAUCACGAAACUCUGGGUGAAGCACUAUUAGGAGUUGAACUAGAAAUUAGUGGUUUUGAAAUUCAUUUCAAAGCUAAUUCACCAAAAAAUCCAUACUGUGAUGUUGAACUCACUGAAGAAAAAUUACAAGCCUUUAUAUAUGCUGUCAAGAAUCACUAUUGGUAUCAAAUGUAUUUAGAUGAUUUACCUGUGUGGGGAAUUGUUGGCGAAUUUGAAGAGUCAGAAAAUGCUUAUUAUUUAUGGACUCACAAGAAAUUCGAUAUUGGAUACAAUGGCAAUCAGAUAGUGGAUGUGAAUUUGACAAGUGAAGCUAAAGUAAAACUGGAAAAGGGUAAAAAAAUUACCUUCACUUAUGAGGUCAAUUGGAAACCAUCAAAUGUUAAAUUUGAAGACCGAUUUGACAAAUAUUUAGAUCCUAGUUUCUUUCAACACAGGAUCCACUGGUUUUCUAUCUUUAAUUCCUUUAUGAUGGUUAUUUUCCUCGUUGGACUCGUGAGCAUGAUUCUAAUGAGAACAUUACGCAAAGAUUAUGCAAGAUAUAGCAAAGAUGAAGAAAUGGAUGAUAUGGAGAGAGAUCUUGGAGAUGAGUAUGGAUGGAAGCAAGUUCAUGGUGAUGUCUUCAGGCCGCCAACUUACCCAACACUGUUUACUGCCCUUAUUGGAUCUGGUUAUCAAAUUACUGUCGUGAUUCUGUGUGUCAUUAUUUUCUCCAUUCUUGGCGAACUGUAUACAGAGAGAGGUUCCUUGCUCAGUACAUCAAUAUUUGUAUAUGCUGUUACUUCACCUAUUAAUGGCUACUUUGGUGGUAGUUUAUUUGCAAGAAUGGGUGGUAAAAGAUGGAUUAAACAGAUGGUUAUUAGUGCAUUUUUUCUGCCCUCACUUGUGUGUGGUACUGCAUUUCUCAUCAAUUUCAUUGCUAUUUAUUAUCAUGCUUCCAGAGCUAUACCUUUUGGGACAAUGGUUGCAGUUACCUGCAUCUGCCUUUUUGUCAUUCUGCCUCUAACUCUAGUGGGUACAGUGUUGGGCCGCAACCUGUCUGGACAACCCAACUAUCCAUGUCGUAUCAAUGCAGUGCCAAGACCGAUCCCUGAGAAGAAGUGGUUUAUGGAACCAGGGGUUAUUAUCUGCCUUGGUGGCAUCCUGCCUUUUGGUUCCAUUUUCAUUGAAAUGUAUUUCAUAUUCACCUCAUUCUGGGCAUACAAAAUUUAUUAUGUAUAUGGCUUCAUGUUAUUAGUGUUUAUUAUCUUAGCUAUAGUUACUGUUUGUGUCACCAUUGUAUGUACUUAUUUCCUGUUAAAUGCAGAAGACUACAGAUGGCAAUGGACUAGUUUUCUGUCUGGUGCAUCAACAGCUGGCUAUGUAUAUAUGUAUUCAUUCUAUUACUAUUUCUUUAAAACCAAGAUGUAUGGUCUAUUUCAAACAACUUUCUACUUUGGAUAUAUGGCAUUAUUUAGUAUUGCACUUGGUAUAUUAUGCGGCACAUUUGGCUACGUUGGAACAAGUAUAUUCGUGAGAAAAAUCUAUUCGACUGUGAAAAUAGAUUGAGCACUAUCAUUUUGUACAUAUAGGUGAUCAAACUUCAGAAAACUGCUGCCAUAUGAGCAUAUAAGGAACAUUUAGUAAACAUUCAAAUAAAUUAUCUCCUGAUUAUUGUGGCAAUUGUAUUUGAUGUGAUGCCUGGACUUAUGGCAUUGGAUUUUAUUUCAUUGUGGCCAUGGCUCAUCAUGAAUGCACUCUGUGCAAUCUAAAAGACUUUUAUGGGAUUUUAUAUGACAGUGCUAUGGGUUUUUGAUGGUAAAUUGUGAUUUUCUUCCUUUAUAAUGUUAUCUUUAUGGAAUAGAAGGAAGCUCACACGGAAAGAGGUCAUUGGUGCACCCCCCCCCUUAAUAAUUUUUUAUUAAUAUUCUGUCAUUAAAGCACAAUUCUUGAGUGAUUUAGGUUACAGUAAUUUUUUUUAAACUAAAUUAAAAUGUGAAAAAUUAUUAAUUGCCCCAUGUUUAUUAUUGACUUUCAAAACUUUAAAUUAUAUGAAGGCUGUAGCCUAUGUUUUAUGUGCAUUGUGUUCAGACUAAUCUAAUUUCCUGAGUUUCUGGCUUCUGAAAGUGUUUAAAUGUGUAUGUUAUGAUGUUAUACAGCAGCAGCUUUAUUUUAUUAUUUUUAUAAUUUAUUUUUAAGUGCAAAAAGUAGAGAAGUUGUUCAUCUUUAGUAUUAAAUAUAAAAGAUUUAGAAUUGUAAUUAAACUGUUGAGAAUUGCAUUAUAUGGCAAGAUGCAGUAUUUGCAAAACAUUUUAAUUUUUGGGAAGAAACAAUUUGUUUUGUUGCAGAAGAAGGCAGUUACUGGAAAAGUGUAAUUUUAACAGCUUUACAAACAGGUAGUAAUUAAAGGCAUAUUGAAAACAUCAAAAUUUUUUAUUUAAUAUUUAUAAAGUUAUAUGUAUCUGUAAAAUAAGCAGAAUAAGUAUAUUCUCUUAACAUUUUUGUCUGUUUAAGACAAUAUAAAAUCCAGAUAGCACAUUUUAAUGUAAACAGUAUCUAUUAUACGAGUAGUUAAAAAGGUAAAUUUUUAAACAUUUUGAAAGCAAUUUUUUUGUUAUUAUUUUAAUAUGAAAAAUUAAAACACAAGCUAGCAUGUUCUGAAGUCUAUGUAUUUUUGUUACUUUUAAACAAGAAACUAUUUUAUUACAAUAUUAUGUUUAAUAAAAAUUAUGUUCUAGCAUUAGCUGCUGUAGUAAAAUAUUUCUUUGUAAAAAUUUUAAACUAAUGUUAAAAUUCAUGGUUUCAUAUUUAAAAAUUAAACAUGAUUACACUGUAUAAAGUAUUUUGUAUUUAAUUUUUAUUGGUAUUAUCUACCUAGCAAAUCAGUAAGAGAAAAUUAAAAAUGCCAUUCUAAAAAUUUCUGCGUAUUAUUGUUUAUUAAUUCAAAUGAUUGUCUUUUUUAAAAGAUGUAUAUAUAUUAUAUUUCCAAAAGUCUUAUUAGAUGUAUUUCUUUAAAAUUUGUUAUGAGCAAUUAAAUGAACCUGAACUGUGUAAAUGUCUCAAUGGUUUAACGAAAUUCCGUCAUAAAUUCAUUCAUGAUUAUUAUUUUAUUAAAACUACAGUAAUGUGUAUUAUUAUAUAAUGCUUAGAAGUAUAAUGUGUAAGAUGCAGUUAUGUAAUUUUACAUUUAUCAGCCAGUUGUAAAAAGUAGCCUUUAUCAAAUAUUUUAAUUUUAUAUCUUGUCAGUUACAUACUAUGAAGAAAUAGCAUUUAUAAAAUGUAUACUUGAAAUUAAGGGCACCUCUUUUUUUAAAAAAGAUUCAAUAUGAGUUUAUUUAAAUAUUUAUAUUACCUCAUAAGCUAUAUUAAUGGUCAUAUUAUACUUAUAUGUGUAAGUUCAUGUUCCAUAACUGAGAUAAAAAAAAUGUAAGCUAAUUUUUGACAUUUGUAUUCUGUUAGCCUGCAAGAUAUUAAAAAUUCAGUUUUUUUAGACUAAAAAUAAAUUCCAAAACAACGUUCUAGUACUUCAUUGUUAUUUUAGUUAAACCAAAAUUUUAAAAAAGAGUUUAUUAUUUUCAAAGAUACUGAAGCCAUCUUAAUCCAAAAUAUAUGUAGAUUUUUAUUUGGACUACUUCAUAUAUGAUAAACAAAUACUAUUUUUUAAUAACCUAAUUGUAGAUCAUGUUUUCAUAAUGAAUUUAAUAGAUUGAAAAGUAGGCUUCCAUUUUCUAACCAAGUAUAUGAAAAUUGUUUUAAAACUAAACUUUAGGUUAAUGAAAUGCAAAUUAUGCAUGUUAGUGUUGUAGGCAGGCUUGUGUUUGUUUGCAAAUCUCUACACUUAACUAUAAAACAUUUGUAAAAAAUCUUAAAAUUAACAAUUCUUGCUUGUUCUGGAUUAUUGAAAAUGGCAUAAACACACACAUACACAAAUGAAAGAAAGUAUGUAACACUACAUAAAUCUAGUAUCAUUUGGGUUAAUUAAGGAAAAAAUUGAAGUGUAGGUAUAGAUUGAGAUUUGGAUAGAUAAUGUUUUUUUCUCCAGUGGGACUUUUUCUGCAGAUCUUAGCAUGAUGGAUAAAAUACUGAUUUAUUCAACUUUAUUUUUCAAAAAUUCAUAUAAAUAUUUUUCAGGGUUUUAUAUUAACUUGUAUUUUAUAGUAAUUUUUUCCAUCUAUUUUUUAAUAAAUUGCAUAUUGUUUAAUUUAUUUUGUAUGUUUUGGUAUUACGUUAUUUUGUUAUUAUGGUUUAAGAUGCAUUCUUUAGAAAAUGAAGCUUAAAUAUAGUAAGCGUUUUUAAAAGUGUUAUAUUUUUGUUAUAUAGAUAGUCAUAAAUACCAAAUCAAUAUAAAUGCCAUUACUGUUUGUUUAUAAAAGUAAUUAUUUUUACAAGACUAUUUUUUUUUAUAAUGUUAAAUGAACAGUGGUAAUACAAUGCAUGCAGUUGACAUAAAAAUUUCAUUCUUACAUAAAAAUUCUGGUGCUGAGAUAAUUUUUUAAUUUAUUAUAUUUGGGUUUAUGAACUGAUGAUUACUGAGGGUUAUACUGUUGUGAAUUUUGUAAGUCAUGUUGCAUUCAUUUUAUAUUUAAAUUCAUUCUUUUGGUAUAUAUUUUUAAUUUUCAAUGUCGCCAUAUAGGAAUUGAAAAUAUAUACCAGUCAUAUUUUUGAUUUAUUUUUUCAGUUUUCAAUAAUCUAAAUAAUGAAAAUAAAAAUUUUGAGGCAGCUCUAUGCUGCAUCAUGUACAGGUUAAGCAUGUGUCCAUGUUUGUUGCAGUACAUGACUAUAACUACUGGAAUGCAUAAUUCUGAAACCACAGGGGAAUGUAAAGUAAUUUUGUACUAUAUAUGUAAAUAUUCCUCUAUAAUUGUUAAGAUUAAAAGAACAGCAGAACUUCAGUUGUGAGCCCCAAUAAUUAUAAUUCCCUGUUUCUUUUCAAAGAAAUUUGCUAGAUUCCUUCAAUGUAUGAUUUUUUUUUUUAACCCACAGUUUUGAGUUCCCCCUUCCCCCCCAGUUGCUGGAUUUUAUUUACAAAGUAUUUAAUAUUUGCAGCAUGCAUAUACUUAAUUCAUGAAUAUGUGCAUGUUUAUAUAAAGUGUAAAAGGAAAUUACAGUUGUUAGUGAGCUUGAUAUAUUUUUUCUGGCAUAUCAUAGAUAAAAUUCUACAUACAACAAUCUUAAGCAUUUGUACAAUAUUCAAUUUCUAGAUCACAUCUUUUAUAUUUAUGCUUAAAAAAUUAGCAAUAUUCCACCGAGUUUUAGUCAGCAUUUGCGUGAUAUAUUUUCCACUUGUAUUUUGCAUUGUUAUGCAAUUAAAAAAAAUAUUGCAAUUUUAUUUUCAAUGUGUAAAAAGUAAUUUUUUACUAUCCCUGUAAAUAUUCCACAUGUAUUUUAAAUGCGAAAUGUAUUUCUUAGUAUUUUGUUGUAUAGCUGAUGUAACUAUUGACUUGUUUCAACUUAACAAAAUGCUUUUCUUAUGCAGUAAAAUAAUUCACUUUGCCUAUUUUAUUUCAUUGUCAUAUGGGAGUAAUAAAUAAAAUGUGACUUGCAUACUUUAUA